AGUGCCACCACAAAGCGGAGAGUUAAGUCUGUUGCCUUGUGAUGGUGGUCGGCCACGAAGCCGGGACGUGCAGGAAAAGAAGAGCCACAAGUGGCCCGGACGCACCAAGCUGCUAUGGCGCACACCUCUGAGGAGACUUCAAGGUCUUUCACUGACGAGGUACCGAGUUGCGUUUCCCUCAGCUCUUCUGGAGCAGAGCAGCCCAGGUCCAGAGCCUCUGGGAAAGAACCAGGAAGUGGGGAGCAGGCUAGGAGCCUGGAAGGAGAAAAACAAGCUGAGUUUGGUGGCUUUCAGCACAGUGAAAACCGGCUGAGUGAAAAGUGGAUCAGCCACCUCAAGGCCAAAGCAAUUAGCCCUGGACGCCAUCAAGCCGACACUGAGCUUCAGACAAAAAGUACUUGGGAAUCUGAUGAGGAACUGAAAGCUGCACAGACUUUUUGUACCACAAGGAUAAACUUGAUCGGCUGUCAAGUAGCUUGCAAGGAAAGGAAGAGCGGCAGACAUAAAAAGCUGCAAGUUAGAACGGGUGCAGAGGCCUUACCCUGUCCUGUCCCCCAUGAGCUGUUAAACAGGGUCUAUUUUAAAAAUAUGGCGGUGGCAAUAAAACAGGUGGGAGUGGUUAAGCAACACAUUUCUUCUCAGUGCCCCGACUGUAACAGGAAAAGAGCAGAGCUGGCUCAGUCUGCCUUCCUGAGACAAAAGAAGACUCUACUGGAGUCACUUCUCCUGUGGCAGAAGCUAGAUGAACAUCUGCACACCACAGACUUUCUCACUCAUGUUGGAGAGGCGCAUCGGGGCCUUCCCAGGCUGUCAGACGACCCAAGGCUGAUCUGGACCAGACUGAAUGAGAAAAGUCGGGUCGGAUAUUGUGAUAUAAAGAGGCCUGAUACAAAGCAGAAAAUGUAGCCUGAUGGAGAUAACACUUGUCGUUUUCUCUGCCACUUCUUAAGCCAAUAGGAGGUGGGG